CUCCGUCUGGUCAGGCCUUUGAAAUCAUGAAAGAACUUGGAACGAACGUCCAGCUCCUCCCGAACCACACCACCCCCCAGAAGAGCGACACCUACUUCAACCGCAAGAUGAAGGCCAACAGGCAGCUGGUGUUCUGUUCGCUGGCCGUUCUGGCUGAGGAGAGAAACCCGCUGGAGUGUCUGGAUGCUUUCGGAGCCACAGGGAUCAUGGGCCUCCAGUGGGCGAAACACCUCCGUCACGCCGUCAAAGUGACCAUAACGGACAUCAGCGACACCUGCGUCAAAAUGAUAAAAGAGAACUGCGAGCUGAACCACAUCCGAGUGGACGGAGGGUCGCGAGGUCCCCGGGGGCCCGACGGGAACGGCAGCGAGGUCGAGGGGACGCCCAUCGCUACGGUGGAGGUCGUCAAGAUGGAUGCUAACGUCAUCAUGCACCUUCGGUCCUUCGACUACAUUCACUUGGAUCCGUUCGGGACGGCCGUGAACUACCUGGACGCCGCCUUCAGAAACGUCCGUAACCUGGGCAUCAUCUCGGUGACGUCCACAGACACCGGCUCGCUGUACGCCAAGGCUCCCAACGUCACCCUGCGUCACUACAGCAGCCACAUCGUACGCACCGAGUACUACAAGGAGCUGGCCGCACGCAUCGUGGUCGCCACGGUGGCCAGGGCGGCGGCUCGCUGUAACAAAGGCAUCGAGGUGCUGCUGGCGGUGGCGCUGGAGCACUUCGUCCUGGUGGUGGUGAGGGUCCUCAGGGGCCCGAUGCAGGCUGACGAGUCCGCUAAAAAGUUACGGAAGCUGGUUCAUUGUCAGUGGUGCGAGGAGAGAGUCUUCCUAAAACUGGGGAACAUGGUGGACGAAACGCUGCCCUGCAACUGUCAUGGAAGUCUGCCGGGGAAGACAGCAGUGCACCUGGGACCGCUAUGGUCUGGACCUCUGUUUAACACAGGCUUCUUGAGGAGGAUGCUGUCGGCGGCGGUGCAGCACAGUAUGGACGACAUUCAGGCGCUCGUCAAAACUCUGAUCUGCGAGUCUGACUGCACGUCCCUCAAGUCUUUAAUGCACGGACCGUCCGCCUUCAUCAACCAGGUGGAGUGUGGAGUCGUUAUCAAGACGUUACACAGCGGAGAAGAGUCAGGUCCUGAUCAGUCUGGGAAGAGGAAGAGCGGAGAGGAGUCGGGGAACAUGGUGAAGAAGCUGAAGUCCGAUGUGUCUCUGGAACACCCCCCGUUCUACUACAGCAUCCACCGCCACAGCAUCCGGGGCAUGAACAUGCCCAAGCUGAACAAGUUCCUUCUGUACCUGAUGGAGGCCGGCUUCAGGGUGAGUCGGACUCACUUCGACCCAACGGGGAUUCGAACUGACGCCACGCUGGAGCAGUUCAAAUCUGUCCUCACCAAGUACAGCGUGCCUACGUACACCAACGCCACUCAGACGAGUGUGAGCACAGAGAAAACGGCGUGAGAGUCCAUCUCUGCAACCAAAGUUCUGACUGCACUGACUCAAGACGACUUCCUCCUUACGUGUGAUUUCUUUGGCAAAGUAGAAACUUUUUCUUCUAUUUAUUUCACAUUUCUCUGAUGGUACAAGUUUGAUUGAUUGAUCGAUUUAUUGUGU